AUGAAUACUAUCACCACCCUCUGUAUCUUGGUCACCGUUGCUUGGUGCCAGGCGUCGCAUCUUACCCAGGACUCUCCACUCUACCCCGCGCGAUGUGCCUCUGAUCCAUGCAUUGGCAUCAAUUUCACCGACGCCUCAUACAUCUGCGGGGACCGGCGUCUGGGCCCUGUCAGCACCCCGAGUGACUUCCCACUGUCAACGGAGCUGCAGACGUACGCCCGGUUUGGCAACCUGUGUCCAUACGAGUUCCUGUCCAAAUGGACUGCUGCGGAUGGCAAUUACUCGCAGCCGCCGGAGAACGGGUUCGUACUCAGCACGACGCCCGCGGGGAAGCCUAUCCUGGGAAACACGACGCUCCCCGUGGGGCAGAAACUGGACCGGUUCGGCUCUGAGUUCGGCACGUUCAUGUCCCCGCUGGGGGCGCCGUACAUUGAGCGAUCCCUGCCCCCGCAGAACCUGGAUACCUCUGAUGGACGGUAUCCGUACAAUUAUCACGUCUAUCAGAUCACGAAAGCAAUUCCAGUUCAGAUCGGACCGAUUGCACCCUGGUAUGAGCAACCGGGUAUGGGCACACAGUUCGUGAUGCCGUCCCGAGUCAUCGAUCUGGUCAACAACGGCUAUCUCAGGCGCUUGAGCCCGGCGGAAUACGACGACCGCAGCGACUUUGUGGAUGACUAUACCCCGGGGCCGUUGAAUAUCACUUCCUAG